UGUCAGAGGGAAGGUGUGUGUGAUAUGAGCGUCCGGACUACUUACUAGGAUUUCAUGUGUUUCUGAGGACUCUACGUAAACCAAAAAUGCGCUGUUGAUUCGUGAAACAUCGGCAGAGUGAACCGUAUCACCGACAUGUCUGAGGAAGCAACUUCUUCGGAUGGGAAUGGCAAAGUCAGUCGGGUCAUCCGGAUUGGAACCCGCAAGAGCCAGCUGGCUCGCAUUCAGACCGACAGCGUGGCGGACAAGUUGAAACAACUGUACCCCGAAAUCGACGUGGAAAUAAUCGGCAUGUCAACAACUGGAGACAAAAUCCUUGACACAGCUUUAUCAAAGAUUGGAGAGAAGAGUUUGUUCACCAAAGAGUUGGAGAAUGCUCUGGAGAGGAACGAGGUUGAUCUGGUUGUCCAUUCACUGAAAGACCUUCCCACCACGCUGCCUCCGGGGUUCACCAUCGGAGCUGUGCUGAAGAGAGAAAACCCCCAUGAUGCAGUGGUCCUACAUCCAAAACACAUGGGGAAGACUCUCGACACUCUGCCAGAAAACAGCGUGAUCGGCACCAGCUCGCUGCGCCGCGCCGCUCAGCUGAAGAAGAGAUUCCCCCACCUGGACUUCAAAGAUAUUCGCGGGAACCUGAACACACGGCUGAAGAAGCUGGAUGAGAAGGACGACUUCGCCGCCAUCAUCCUGGCUGCUGCAGGCCUCAGGAGGAUGGGCUGGGAUAACCGCAUCAGCCAUAUUCUGGGCCCUGAAGACUGCAUGUAUGCUGUUGGACAGGGAGCUCUGGCAGUAGAGGUUCGGGCCAGAGAUACAGACAUCCUGGAGAUGGUGUCUGUACUUCAUGAUCCUGACACUGUGCUGCGCUGCAUAGCUGAGAGAGCCUUCCUCAGACAACUGGAGGGUGGAUGCAGCGUUCCAGUGGCUGUAAACACUGAAGUGAAAGAGGCCCAGGUAAGAAUGCUUUACCUGACGGGGGCGGUGUACAGCCUGGAUGGAUCCGACAGUCUGAAAGAAACCAUGCAGACGAGCAUCGCUGAUGCUGGAAAGACCCUGGAAGAGGUGGAUGAGCGGGUCCAGCGAGUGGGAGUCACCGCCUGCAAGGUCAGCGGUGGAGCCCAGGACAAUGCUGAGAGGCUGGGCAUCGACCUGGCCAACUUACUGCUGAGUAAAGGAGCCAAGGAGAUCCUGACGGUGGCCAGGCAGCUCAACGACGCCAGAUAAUCCUGCCCGGCCUGGGAGGGCAGGGCUCGGGAGGUGAACAGCUUCUUGAGUGCAGUCAGUCAUGGCCUUGUGUCGAGUAAAACUUGAAUUCCUUUCCUUUUUUUUUUUUAAACACUGAGCAAUACUUUUUGGAACAAAGUUGUGGACAUUGUGGUGCAACUCCGCUCGCUGCAGCACUCUUGGUCUUGGUUCCGGUUCCAGCUUGUUUUUACGUACCUCAAGGAACCAGCUCCUAAACCAUGUAGAAAAACGCCUCACUGGUUGUUAGAAAGAAACACAAAAUGGCCUUCAAACAUUGUCAUCAUCACCUACAAUAGCGAAUGAUUAAACCCCUCAUUGUUUUUUUAAAGUGUAUUAGUAUAAUAAAUGAAAUACAAUUAAAAUCUGUAUCCAUUAUUGUUUCACACAAGCAGGAAAAAAGAGACUUUUGAUUGCACCAAAGAUGAGUUUCCAAGUUCUGUAUGUCAGCACAUUUAUUUAUAUAUAUAUUUAUAUAUAUAUUCAGCCUACACUGCAGUUAUGUGGAGCUCAUUUAGGUGCAAAAGUUGAGAAAAUGCUCAUUAAGUCCUGCAUUCAUACACAUUCUUUAUUGAACUGAUUUCUGUAUAACCGUAGCACAACAUUUCCAGCUGAGGUUUACUGCUUUUUAAGAGUGCUCGCUACCUCUGUUAAUACACAUAUUGAUAAGCUUGAGGAAGCAUUGUGUUAGCUACUGGUUUCACUACAUGACUGGAGCUCUGAGCCCACAGUAAUCCCUACAUUGUUUUGUUACAUGUUUUCAGUUUUCUGCUCUGAUUUUAAAAUAUGCACUGGGCCUUUGUAUAGCAACAGAUAACUUGUUUAUAUUUCAUCUCCUAGGAUCUCCUAUUUAUGACUUCUGUAUUUCAUGAUUAUAACACGGUCUCAUAAUUACAUGAUUACAAGUGCUUUAUCUUGUAAUUACAAGGGCUCUUGUACUCAUAGUGCAGU